AUGCUCUCUCCUCGCCUUCUCCAACUCUCAGCCGUCCUUUCCGCCGUCGCUAGCGUCUGCGCUCAAGGCCCUAUCCAAUUUGUCACUAACUAUGAGGUCUGGGACGCUUUCUACCCAGUGGCAUGCCCGCGAAACGUUGCUCCGAGCAAGGGUUCCUUCGUUGAGGGCACUUGCACCAACCUGGCCGGUUAUUCUUUCAUUUUCAACCCCAGUGGGCCCGAAAACGUGGGCUGUACCGCUCAGUUCUUUAACGCGACUGGUUGCGGAGGCGCCACUGAGACGGUGAACUUGCAGUCGAACGAACAGAGCUCGUGCCUUGUGCCCACGUUCGCAACAGGCGCCAUCACCAGCCAGCUCCCAAGCGACCACCACGCAAGGUCGGUCAUAGUUGACUGCACGGUGUGA